GUGGCUCCCUGAGUUUGCUCCAAGCUGCUCUAUUAGGGGCCGCAGAAAGGAAGAUGCGGGUGAAAGAGGUGAGACCCACCUUGUGGGAUGCAGUAGAAGAGACUCGAGCCCGCCGGGCUGGGCUGAGGUCCCUGCGUUUAGGCCUCCUUGGGGACACCCUGACUGACAGUGGUCUUAGUCAGCUGGGCAGAGCACUGCGGGAGCUACAGGUAGUGAAAAUGUGGAGCCAGUGUUCAAGAAGCCAGAUGCUCAAAGGGGCCAGAGCUGAGGUCAUAGGGCCCCUAGAACCACAGGCCCAGCAGGUCCCAGAUGUGGCCCUGCAGUUCUUCCUGGCCCAGGCUCGGAGGCAGAGACUGCGAGAACAGCGCCGAAUUUGGAUCCACGAGAAGCUGAAGCAUUUGGAACAGGAAGAGGAAGUGGUGGUAGGUGGCCAGGUCAAAGACCUGGUGGCUGAAGAGCAGGUGGGUAGGGAGAGGCAGAGAUGGCACCAGGAGCAGACAGUGCUGAGACUUCAGCUAGAGGCCCUGCAGGCAGAGUGCGACACAGCAGAGCAGGACCUGGCAACCCUCUAUGACCUGCAUGUGCAGGCCACCCGCGCUCAGACAUGCCACAUGCUGCAGGUAUUCCGAGCCUGGCAGAGGCUGUGGGAAGAGCAAACCAUGACCACAGAACAUCACCACCGCAGCCUGCUGGCUGGCAUCCUGCAAGACACCAUCAACCUGGCCACACAGAACCAGGAACUCCAAGCCCAGAACCAGCAGCUUCAGCAGGGUGCAGAUUAG